AUGGCAACCACUACGGGAUGGGCGCAACUACGUCAACAGAUCAGGACGCUGGAAAGCCAGACUGAAGCUCUAUUCCAUACCUAUUCACAAUAUGCCUCCACUCCCAAUCUGCCCCCAACACCGUCAGACGAUGAACAAAGGAACGAAGCGGAAAUACAAGAGUUGCUCGAAAAGCGUGAAGGAUUAGUCUCCCAACUCGCCCGCCUACUCGACUCCGAAAGCGCCUUGAGCACAUCCAGCCUCAAGCAGAAUAACCUCUCCCGCCACCGCGAAGUCCUCAGCGAACACCGUCAGGAACUUCGCCGCUUGAAAGGCUCCAUUUCGGAAGCUCGAGACCGUCAACAUCUUCUCGCGAAUGUGCGAUCCGACAUUGACGCCUUUCGAUCGUCCAAUCCAGCCGAGGCCGAAGCCGAGUACAUGCUCCAAGAACGGACUCGACUGGACCAAAGUCAUAAUGUUAUUGACGGGGUAUUAUCUCAAGCGUAUGCCAUCAACGAGAAUUUUGGCAUCCAGAGAGAGACUCUGGCGAGCAUCAAUCGACGUAUUACCAGUGCCGCGGCCCAGAUUCCCGGUGUGAAUGGGUUGAUUCAGAGGAUCGGGUCAAAGAGGCGAAGAGACGGAAUCAUUCUCGGGAGCUUCAUCGCAUUUUGUUUCCUGAUCCUGCUUUAUUUCAGCUAG